UAGACAGAGAGCCACCAUGGAGUCUGGGAAGCACACGAGAUCACAAGUAGACCCCACGGUGCGUGAAGCCUACCUGAUGGCCCACGAUUACAUCGAUUACGUGACCAAGGCCCCAGGGGCCUCAGGACGGCCACCGUCAAAGGCAUGUGCGGCGCUGCGACAUGCAGGGGACACUUUGAUCCACAAGUUCCCUCUGUUCUUCAAGCGCUGGCCUCGACUCUUCCAGGAGGUGACGGAGGACAACGCUGCCACUACGCUCGUCCAUAUCCUGGAGGAGCACUUUGGGCCUCAAGUGGCUGGAGGCCGCACUCGGGAGCUGCCCUGGAGUGCCAUCCUCUCCGUCUACAUGCUGGCUGGUCAGAUGGCUCAGCACUGCCAGGAGCGCGGACUACAAGGUGCACUGCCCGUCCUAAAGGAGCGAGUGGGCGAGUAUGUGGAGAGGACUGUGUGCCCGCAGCUCAGGGAGAAAGGAGGCUGGUCUGGCUUUGAGGCCCGCUACGGUGAGAAGGAAGACCCCGAGAAGAUGGCCAUCAGAGUCUGCUGUGGAACUCUCGUCUUGCUGGCUGCUGCCAUUCUAACUUACUUCUUCUGGAAGCGUCGACCACCUUGGACAUCCUGAAAGGUCAGUCAGUGACAGGUAGUGAGCUCGGGUCCGGCGGCACUUAGUAUUGAUACUGGCAGCCCAGGUCCGGCCAUGGCAUUUAUAAUGGAAGGCUUCACCCCUGCCAAGAUACCCUAGCAGAGGGCAUUUGCACUUCGGAGGCACCCUUGGUGGUGGCAGUGAGGUGUGCCAACACAGCAGGUCCAUACUCUUCUACAGUUGUAAAAGUAGCCAACACUUUUGUUUGUUUCUUGCGAUUGGACAGAACAGCACCAGUAAUCUGGGACUACCAACCACAUUCUGAUGACCAGACAUCUCAACGUGGGGUGGACAGGCAGACGGGCAAAGGAAACUCUGUGAUCUGGUCAGUUGUGCAAAAUGAGACAGGCACAGACGCAGCCCUCCUGUCCAAACACACGUUUAGAACGGCAGCAGCUUAGUUUACCUGGCCAUUCGACACGUGGACUGGCACCCUGUCUGCAGAUGAUUUCUGUCUUGGGAUUGCCUGAACCAUCUAAAGCAAAGAUUAAGAAAAAGCAAUUUUGUUACCAGUGAGGACAGAGUGUGUGACCAACAGGCCCAGUUUAUCAGGAUGGCCAGCAACUCUUUAGACACAACUUCCAUUACCUGACGGCUCACAAGAGGGCAGAAUUCAAGUCACUGUCGCCCUCUAGUGGUUACAGACAGGACAAGACUUAAUAGGACGGGCCCCACCUUUACACACACUUUCAAUGAACUGAACCAGUGUGGGCACAAGUACCCCCACCCUCAAGGGCAGGCUACCAAAAAAACAGACGAGUGACGAAGGUGGGCGUUAAAAACAGACAUAAAAGGACCACAAACCCCAGAGGCAACUCAUUUUUAAAAGAAAACCAGACCCCAGCACACCAAGCCCACCACCUUCACUCUUUACUGAGAUGGCAUUAAAAAAAAAAAAAAAAAAA